AUGCCAUCGACGACACCAAUGGAUAUUGAACAGAAAAUCUCGAUCACACUUCAACAUGGGAAUCACCGUGAACUCGUCGUCAUCGAGAGAAGCGAACAACCACAUGUUUUCUACGGUCUUCUCGAGAAAGCUCGCCAACUCGCCGCCAAAGGGAAUAGCCAGGGAGAAGUGCAUUUGUUUCGUCACGAUUAUCUCUCACCGCAGAUCCUUCAUCCACUAAAUUGCAUCUCGCAAUUGGGAAAUGGUAGUGUUGUUGAGGUGAUUGUGGUGGAUCGAAAUGAGAAACCGACAGUGCCUCAUGUGGUUGAGGUGAAUACCUAUUUAACGCCAACCUUUUGCGACUAUUGUGGCGAGAUUUUGAUGGGUCUCGUCAAACAGGGACUUCAAUGUCAGCGAUGCAGAUGCAAUUUCCACAAGAAGUGUGCCUUUGCCUCGAGAAACAAUUGCGCAAAGAAUACCCCAUUUUGCCCACCAACAUUAGCUCAUCAGAUGACGAGCUUCUCGCCAUCAAUUCCACAAAUGAGUGCCCCAUAUCAUGAAGAGAUCCCAUCUCCAUCUCAACAACAUCAUCCAUCCUCACCCUAUGCUUUACCGCAUACUUUUGCCGUUCACAACUACAAAACGUUAACUGUUUGCAAGGUUUGCGACAAAAUGCUAUUCGGUAUUAUGAAGCAAGGAAUGCGGUGCAGGGAUUGUAAAGUGAAUGUCCACAAAAAGUGUGCCGGACUUUUGCCACCGAAUUGUCACAUUGCUGAGGGAUCGAUCACCGCCUUCGAGCAGCUAUCUGUUAGUGAAAUGCCAUCUUUACCCCCUGAGGAAGGACCAAGUGAGAGUGGAUCGAUCGACUCCGAUCUAAUACCGCUUAGCCGGAUACCUGGUCAAGCAGCAGCUCGAGCAGCUGCCAAGCAAACGCACGAGGGAUGGAUGAUACACUUCUUGCUCAACGAUCCGCAAAGACGAUUACGCAACUAUUGGAUUCUCUCAAACAAUGUCUUGUCAAUGUACAAUGAAUACUCGGAAGGGGUCGGGGUGAACACGUCGAGGUGUUACAAGCAGAUUCCCCUAUCUGAGAUCUUGGCUAUCACUCCAUACAAUGGAGAUCCGAUCGAUUCCAGAUUCCCUCCACACGUUUUCGAGAUGAGAACAACGACGAAUCAAGUGUACUGUGUGGGUGAGAAGCUUGACGCUUGUGGAGGGCCGCCAACGAAAUUGCCGAGAGGACAAGCUGCAAGAUCAUCCUCCUCCGGUCAAGUGUGGUUGUCAGUGUUGGCUCAGGCUCUACAACCGCCACCAUCGAGAAAUGAUCCAGUGAAUGCUGAGCCAGUCUUACAAUUCACCGAGCUUUAUCAAGUACUCUCCGAGAAAACGCUUGGAGCCGGUCAAUUCGGCACUGUUUAUUCGGGUGUGCAUCGACAAAGUGGCCGAGAAGUGGCUGUAAAGGUGAUUUCAAAGGAGCGUUUCUCGAAAAAGCCAAAUAACGGAGCGGACACUCUUCGCUCUGAAGUCGCUAUUUUGCAGACAAUCAGCCAUUCUGGCAUUGUUCGUCUUGAGUCAAUGUUUGAGACGAAAGACAAGAUUUUCGUGGUGAUGGAGAAAAUGAAUGGGGACAUGCUGGAGAUGAUACUUUCACAGGCCGUUGGCCGCUUGGACGAACGCGUGACCCGGUUCUUGAGCUUACAAAUUCUCUCCGCUCUUCGGUAUCUUCAUGCAAAGGGAAUCGCUCACUGUGAUCUAAAGCCGGAAAACGUGCUCCUUUCCGAGCUUUCCUCGAAUUUCCCCCAAACGAAACUCUGUGAUUUCGGAUAUGCACGUUUCAUCGGUGAGAGUCAAUUCCGAAAAACGAUCGUUGGUACGCCUGCUUAUCUUCCUCCAGAAGUUCUACAAAAGAGAGGAUAUAACAAAUCAUUGGACAUGUGGUCGGUUGGAGUGAUCAUUUAUGUGACCCUUUCCGGGACAUUCCCUUUCAAUGAUGGUGAAGAGAUAAGUGAACAAAUCCAAAAUGCAGCUUUCAUGUUCCCAUCGGAUCCUUGGUCCUCCGUCUCGAAACAAGCCGUUGAUCUCAUUCAGAGGCUGCUCAGAGUUAAUAUUGAAGAGCGAUUGAAUAUUGAGGAAUGUUUGGCACAUGAAUGGCUCCAAUCAGCUACUCUUUUUAACGAUCUUCGAGCUUUAGAAAUGAGGCUUGGAGGGGAAAGAUACCUUACAAAUGGCCAGGAUGAUGCUCAUUACGCUCGGCUACUCCAACAACAGCAAGCUGAUCCGACUUUGGCUCAACAGAGAUUCGCGAUCGCUCAACAGCAAUCAUUACUUGAUUUG